UCAAUUUUGUUGAGGUUCUCUGCUCAUCCUGAGAUUUGUCAUUUCAUCUUGAGGAUUCCGAGAAGACAUUGGUGGGAUCCAGGAGCUCCACAAAUUAACUCAUCUUCUUAAUUGAAUUUUUUUUCCAAGAAGUCAUUCCUAUAUGACGAAUAUCUUAAGAGAUUUUCAAACGAAGAAGUGAACAUAUUGCAGAUAUAUAGAAUGAGACUCCCUAUUCUUCUGCUGCUUUCAUUAGCAGUGCUUACAGUUAAAGCAAGGCAUAGAAAAGAAUGGAAACUAGUUAAUACGAUGAAAGCAAGUAGAGAAAUACAGUUAUCUCAUUACAAUAUAGAAGCUUCAGUGUGUGUGAGAGGUCCAGGCUUUUACCGUGAUCCUAAAGACUGCCAUCAAUAUAUACGCUGCGUUGACGAAUAUAGCACAGGCCGUCGAAUGAGUGCGUUUAUUGGGAGAUGUGAUCCCGGCCUAGUCUUUGACCAAAAUGUAUCAUCAUGCAACUGGCCUGAACUUGCCGCUCCCUGCAGCGAUUCCCCUGAAAAAUUCCGUGAACCCCCCAGCAAGAUCCAUUCACAACAAGAAUCUCAAAAUACUGACAUUUCUCAAAAGCCAGACAGAGUAGAUAAGCCCUCUCUUGAUUCACAGCCAUCACAACAGCAAGUCCAUGAAUCACCUCAGACACAAACACAGCAGCAACAUCAUGAAUUUUCUCAAGAUCAACAACAAGUACAAAUCCAUGAAAACCAAAACCCAGAACGACAACAGCAUACCCAGCAGACUGAGGAACACCCAAAUAGACAAGAAGAAAUUGAAAUCCAUAAUGUACCUAUUGCUCAAACACGAUAUGAAAUCAUCCCGCAUACCGGGUUUCAAGAAUAUGAUGCGACACAAAAACAAAUAUCUUCUAGUGGUUUCAAGGAAAUAAUGGAUGAUCAAGUUGAAGAUAUCCCAUCAUCACAAAACCAAGAUCAAAACCAUCAACAAGAACAAGAAUGGUGGAUUCCAGAAACGGAAAGUACCCCACGCAGAGAAGCAAUUAUAAUUAGCCCUCCUCAAAGUGACUUCGUGGAAGUUACUGCUACGUUAGAUGAUCCCAUCAUUUGCCAAGGUCCUGGAUUUUUUAGACACCCAACGAAUUGCAGUCGUUUUGUCAAAUGCAUUGAAGAAAAUGGGGCUUAUUCCAUUCAUUUCUUCGAAUGUAACAGAAAUCUAUUGUUCGAUGAUGGAGAGAGUUAUUGCACCCGAUCUUCUCUGACUAACUGCAACCCAAAAAGAAGCAAAAGACAAGCAGAAAGUGCGCCUCUUGAAUGCAGAGGCGAAGGAUUUUUUAGACAUCCUGUGGAUUGCAAAUCUUUCUAUCGAUGUGUUGUAGGAGCAACUGGUCAAUACGAAACACAUAUGUUUUCGUGUCCAGAAACUCUGGUCUUUGAUGAAGAGUAUGCUACGUGUAAUUGGCCUGAUAAGGCUCCACCUUGCCAGACUCAAACAUGGUCGGGAUAUCAGCCACGCCGAACUGUGCCUCCACCAAAAUCAGCUUACAAACCUAUUCGAAAAGCGACUACAGCUAGCUAUUGGACAACAUUGAAACCAAGAGGUGACGUUGUGGAAAAUUCUCCUUUAGUUCCAGUCAGAGGAAUCUCAAAGUCCACGAAAGCUCCGACUAGAGGUGAGCAAUUAUGCAGCUCACCUGGCUUUUUCAGACACGAGAGAGAUUGCACAAAAUUUUACAAAUGUGUCCGAAAACGCAACUCUUUCAUCAGAUAUGAAAUAAGUUGUCCAAACAGUCUUGCUUUUGAUGCUGCUGGAUCUCGCUGCGUCCCUCAAAAAUUUGUAAGUGAAUGCAAUAAAAAGAGGCGGCCAUCACCACCCCGCCAAGAUGAUGAAGGCACUUCACCAGUAACAGAAGCAACUCGUACUACAGGAGGAUCUGCCAUUGUGACAGAGUCAUCUGAUAGUGACUCUUCAAAAUGUCAAGAUGAAGGAUACUUUCGAAAUCCGAGUGACUGCAAUCGUUUUUACCGGUGCGUAGAUUUUAGUGGAGAAAAGCAAGAAUUUGUACGUUAUGACUUCAAGUGUCCUGAUGGACUCGUAUUCGAUGAAACGAACAACGUCUGCAACUGGCCGGAUCAAAGUGCUCCGUGUGAAGGAGGCAGCGAGGACAAAGAUAAUACAGAAAGCUCCAAGCCGUCAGAAAGCAGUACAGAAAAAGACGCAAUAUCAACGACAACGAUGUCCCCAUCUUCUUCUGGGCGAACUACUCAAAAGACAAGAACAACAACGACGAAACCAACUCAAGCUCCGAGUACAACGGAAGCAACAACUGAAAACCAGCCUUCAGAAGAUUCAUCAGACUCAGGUGAUCAAAAACCUAAACCGGAUGAAGGAGAUUCCAAAGACGGGUGUGAAAAAGAAGGCUUCUUCCGAAAUCCAGAAGACUGUAAUAAAUUUUAUCGCUGCGUUGAUUUCAGUGGAGAUGGAGCAGAAUUUGUUCGAUAUGACUUUUCUUGCCCAGAUGGCCUUGUUUUUGACGAGGAAAACAGUGUUUGUAACUGGCCUGAAGACAGUGCUCCAUGUGACUCAACAGGUGAAGAUAAAGAUAAAGACAAAUCAGAUGGGGAAGAUACAAGCAGUUCAAAAGGAGGAAAAGACUCCACCACUGAAUCAUCAACCACUAGAACGACGACAUCAGGAGGAAAAGGCACAACCUCAUCUAGAACUGAUGGUCCAAAAACAUCUUCAGCAACAAGAAAACCUGGAAGGACUACCUCAUCAAAACCUUCUUCCACACGAUCACCUAGUAGAAGCACUCCAUCCUCUAGCACUGAAGGUCCAGAAGACUCGUCUUCUACGACGCCUUCCUCUUCGUCAUCAAGUGAUGGAAGUGAAGAUGAAAAGAAAAAUCAAGGAAUGUGUUCCGAAGCAGGAUUUUUCAGAGAUCCCAAAGACUGUAAUAAGUUUUAUAGAUGCGUGGACUACAAUGGAGAUGGUAAUGAGUUUGUCAAAUAUGACUUCUCGUGUCCUGAUGGAUUAGUGUUUGAUGAAGAAAACAGUGUUUGUAACUGGCCAGAACAAAGUGCACCAUGUGAUGGUGGUUCCGGUAAAGAAAGUAGCACAAAGUCAGAGGAUUCCUCAAGCCAAGCUACUUCUACUACCCAAAAAACAACAUCUGCAGCAACAAAAUCAUCUGAUACUACUGAAGAGUCAUCUAGUGCAGCAACAGAAGCUUCAACAUCAGACGGAUCUGGUGAUCAAUCGACUUCUUCUGACAAAACAACAGAUUCUUCGGAUAAACGUAGCAGUACUACACCUUCUGAUCAAACAGAUGGUGAAAGUACGACAAAAGAUUCAUCAUCCAAAAAGGGUGGUGGGAGCAGUGACGGGGAAUGCACCGAAGCUGGCUUCUUCAGAAAUCCGGAAGAUUGCAAUAAAUUUUAUCGUUGUGUAGAUUUUAACGGUGAUGGGCAAGAAUUUGUGAAAUAUGACUUCACGUGUCCAGAAGGUUUAGUUUUUGAUGAAACCAACAGCGUUUGCAAUUGGCCCGAAGACAGUCCCCCCUGUGACUCAAGUGGAGGCAAGAAAGACGAAGGAAGCACUGAAAGUAAUGAAUCAAGCACUCAAUCUUCUUCAACUUCUCAAUCAGAAUCGUCCACUUCUUCAACUUCAGAGUCAUCCACCGAGCAAACCAGCCGAGGCACCACUGCAACAUCUCAAUCUACCUCUUCAUCUGAGCAAACUACGUCAACAGCUAACGAUAAAGAGGAAUGUACCGAGUCAGGUUUCUUCAGGUGUAAAGAUGAUUGCAGUAAAUUUUAUAGAUGUUUAGAAGAUAACGGUGAAUUAAAGCGUUAUGAUUUUAAAUGUCCAGAAGGUUUGAUAUUUGAUGAUGAUAACAAAAGGUGUGACUGGCCAUCAGAUGAGCUCACUUGCGAAAGUUCCUCAACUACUUCUUCUGAUAAAACUACCGCAUCCACAACGCAAUCUGCCACUUCAACUACAAGACGAACAUCAACAAGAAGAACAACACCAGUUCCAACUACUAAAGAAAGCACAACAACAUCAAGCAGAACUACGACAUCAGGAACCACUAGGCCAACAAGAACUACUAGACCAUCACGAACAACUACUACAUCCAGACCCACCACAGCUUCAGACAGAACAACUACACAAUCAAGCUCUAGUACCACCAAAUCUGAUGAGUGCACUGAAGAAGGAUUCUACCAGAACCCAGAUGAUUGUAGCAAGUAUUAUCGUUGUAUUGACGAAGGGGAUGGCAGAUUUACAAGAGAAGAUUUCUCUUGCGCUGAUGAUGAAGUAUUUGAUGAAGAAAUGCGAUUCUGCAACAGCAAGGACUUAGCCCCUCCUUGUGAAAAAACGACUACCGGUACUCAAAUCACAACCUCACCAUCAGGUACGUCGAGUGGAGGGAUAGAAAGUUCGACUUCUUCAACAAACAGUGGCAGAACCACAACUAGCUCUUCUUCAACUGGAUCGGAAAAAGGUACAACUUCUACCAGUUCAUCAGAAUGUACCGAAGAAGGGUUUACUAGAGAUUCUGGCGAUUGUAUGAAGUUUUACCGAUGUGUUGAAGAAAACGGUGAAUUCAUCAAGUAUAAUUUCACGUGUCCAGAAGGUUUAAUAUUUUACUUAAAUAAUGAAAGAUGUGAUUCACCAUCUUCUGAACUAACUUGCGAUACUGAAACAUCAACUUCAACGACGUCAUCUGGGGGAUCAACAACAUCGUCGGAAUCAGGGACACCUGGAGAAUGUACAGAAGAAGGAUUUUUCAGAGAUCCGAAUGACUGCAGUAAAUACUACCGUUGCCUUGAUGAAGGGGAUGGAAGGUUCACAAGAGAAGACUUCUCAUGCGCCGAAGAUGAAAUUUUUGAUGAAGAAAUGAGAUAUUGCAACAGAAAAGAUCUUGCUCCACCUUGUGAUGAAAGCUCUACGACAACCACCUCAUCAACAAAGAGUGAAACGUCUACCGAAUCAGGAAGUUCAUCAACGGUAAGCUCUUCUACUGGAUCUGAGUCAUCGACGCAAACCACUUCCAGUGGUACGGAUUCAACAAAAGAGGGUGAUUGUGAAGAGGAAGGAUUCCAUAGAGAUUCAGAAGACUGCCGUAAAUUUUACAGAUGUGUCGACUUUAGAGGCGACGGGAAAACUUUCACCAAAUACGAUUUUGAAUGUCCUGAUGAUUUAGUUUUUGAUGAUUCAAACAAUGUCUGUAAUUGGCCAUCUGCUGUAAGGUCUUGCGAAUCAAGUGGAGGCACCAAGCAGACAACCUCAGAAAGUACCUCCUCUACUUCGAGUGGAGGAACUACGCGAACAACAUCAAGUACCACUCAAAAUGACAAAACAACAUCAACUACACAGCAAGACCGAACAUCAACAACUCAGCGAGAUAGAACAUCCACUACUCCGAGUGACAAAACAACUCAGACAGAAGGAACAACAUCAACAACUCAAGGCGGAAGAACUUCCACAACUCCUAGUGGUUCAGAAGACGAAAAUACUUCCCAAACAGAAUCUGGUUCGACUAAAGAUACAACUUCUACUGGUGAUUCAAGCUCUCAAACUACCAAAGGAAAACCAAGUGAUAUAGAAUGUACAGAAGAAGGUUUUUUUAGAAAUCCAGAUGACUGUAACAAAUUUUACCGCUGUGUUGACUUUGCAGGAACGGGAGAAUCUUUCGUACGAUAUGAUUUUGAGUGUCCAGAAGGACUAGUCUUUGACGAAGUCAAUAGUGUUUGUAACUGGCCAGAACAGAGUCCCGCGUGCGAGUCAGGGUCAAAAGAAAAAAAUGAUACAAGUAGUACAACAGAAAGUACUGGCUCGUCAGGAACAGAAAGUAGCACCACGACAAAAGAUGACUCUACAUCAUCAACUGCUACAUCAUCUUCAGGGGAAUCCACGACUACUACAGAAAAAGGAACCUCAACUACGGGUUCGUCUGGAACGAGUACUACUCAAACGUCAACCUCUAAAACGGAAUCUCCCGAAGAUUUCAAAUGUGAAGAAGAAGGUUUCUUCAGAGAUUCCAAAGACUGCAAAAAGUAUUAUGAAUGUAAACGAGACGAAGAUACUGGAGAACUAGUAAAGAUUGACUGUGAGUGCCCAGAAGGUCAUGUUUUUGAUACUGACGGCUGGUAUUGUAAUGCAGAGGAACUCAGUCCUCCGUGUGAUGAUGGUUCGUUUAAAUGCACAGAAGAAGGUUUUUUCCGAGAUCCAGAAGACUGUGCUGGUUACUAUCACUGCAACAAAACCAGACCUGACAGUGAUCAGUUGACUAAAGAACGAUUGCAGUGCCCAGAUGGAUAUGUAUUCGAUGAGGAAGGACGUUAUUGCAAUGCUCCAGAACUUAGUGCACCUUGUGAUAAUUCAACAACUGCAGAAGGUGGUUCAACAACUUCAGGCACUAGAACGACUUCCUCUGAAACAGGUUCCACAUCAUCUGGAUCCGGAAGGGGAACCACUUCCUCGGGAACUAGUACCACUUCAUCGGGAACUGGUACCACUUCAUCCGGAACCAGUACUACUUCGUUGGGAGCAGGAACUACAUCAUCGGGAAUCGAUACAACCUCAUCCGAAAAGUCAGGUGAAUGCACUGAAGAAGGAUUUUUCAGAAAUCCCGAAGAUUGCACGAAAUAUUAUCAAUGCAUUCGCAAUGAGGAAACGGGAAGUUUUGAGAAACGUGAUUUCCAAUGCCAAGAUGGACGUAUUUUCGAUGAAGGACCAAGUUACUGCAACGAUCCUCGACUUAGUGACGAACCCUGUGAAACUGGGAGCACUCGAGAGCAAACCAGCACAGAGUCAUCUGGCACAGAUUCAUCUCAAUCAACAGCAAGUGAAUCUUCAACUAGUUCCACUACUCAAUCUUCAUCGAGUAGCACUGGAAGUUCCGUGAAUCGAAAAGGUGCGGGUGAUCCUGAAUGUACUGAAGCUGGCUUUUUCAGACACCCACGUGAUUGUAAUAAGUUCUACAGAUGCGUCGAUUUCGCAGGAACGGGAGAAUCUUUCGUUCGAUUUGAUUUCGACUGUCCUGAAGGACUGCACUUUGAUGAGGUGAAUUCAACUUGCAACUGGCCAACAAUGUCACCCCGCUGUGAAUCUGAAAGUGACUCCUCGAAACGCUGAAUUGAACUUAGUAACUCUUCUAAGUUGAGCUUCAAAACAUUUCAGCUUGUUGUAUGUACAUAUUGUAUACAUAACUCAUGAAAGGACGAUAUCAGAAAAAUUUACUUCUCAAUUUCGGUGUAAGUCACAAAUUUCAAGUAUUUCUAAAAUCCAUGGCCGAAUUUUCUCUUACUUGAGGGUUCUCGCACUAACAUAACCUAGUCAGUAGUUGAAAAUCAUAGUGCAUCUUGCUUUAUAAACCAUUUCAUAAAUAACUCGUGUCUUAACAUACUUCCUUAAAGAAACAUUUUAACCCUCUUUCUUGCCUCAUUUCGAUUCAAUUUUCCGUUUAUAAAAUAGAGAUUUUGUACUAUUAAAAUGCUUAUAUUUCACCAUUGAAGAGCUAAGUUCUAAAUAGCUGGGGUCAUUUUUGACAGCAUAAUGUUAAGAGCAGAAAAUUUUAUCAAUAAGUUAAUUAUUGAUCUAAUAUUUUAGCCUUUAACCUUCAUUAGAAAAGACUCCAAGUAUAAACAGACAGAAGGAACUUCAAUCUUUUUACUACUGUAAGAGUCAAAGUAAUUAUAUUUCUAUUAUUUCAGUUACUUUAUCAUAAACUUGCAUGCUCAAUAGUUCACAAAAUCAUUUCAUAGUUUUUAAAGCAAGCUUAUAUUUCUUUUAAAUUGCCAAAUUACUUCUACAUUACAAAUGGGCAAUUUCAUUCUUUUUCGAUUGACAAUGAAUUUUACAUUUUUCUAACAUCAAGAUUUUUAAAAUUCAAUAUAAGACGUUUCACGGGACUAUUACCGUCACAUUCAUCACAGUCAGCCUUUUCAACUGAAACAUUUGAGACAAUCUAAUAAUAAGCCACGUUUUCAACUGGGAUGAAGAGAGUUUUUUUUUCUGGUGAAACAUACCAUGAUUUCCAUGAAGGCAAUAAGCCUUCUCCCUGCGUUGUGCUGCCAUCUAGUGAAAAUUCUGUUAACUUGCCAAGAACCUACCUGGAAACAAUAGCGUGGCUCAUCACUAUAUUGGCUCAACCAUUCAAUUAUUUAGUAUUUCUAAACAUUUUAGUAUUCUUUUUUCUCUUACAAUCCUAUUUUUGUAGUUUUGGAUGUUAAAUUUUUCGAUAUCGUCCUGUUUAAAUGAUUUUUUUCCAGGGUAUCCCAACUGUUUCUUAUGUAUGAGUGCCAAUCUGUAGUAAGUGUACACAGAUUUUGGUUAUGGUCAUUGAAGUUAUUUAUUUCAUUAUUUAUUUUAUGUAUGUUGUCACUUGUUCAUUAUUGCACAUUUAUUUGUUUCAAGUACUGCCAUUUUCACAUCGCAUUUGCAUUUAAGUUCAAAAAUGUGUUUCAAUAAAAAAAAAUUCCAUUGUUUACAUGUAAAAACUUCGUUGAAUUUAAAUCUCUUUUUUUUUAAUAAAAUCAAUUUUGUAUCAAAAUAGAUGAAGUUUUAAAAAAGUUGAAUUAAGAAAUUAUUUACAGCUCGCAGAUGAGUGCCAACAUUUAAAAAUUGACGUUAUAGAUGUUAAAGAAAUGAAAUGAGUAUUUCAAAUAAAUUAGGAAACAAUCAACCAUAAAGCAAAAGUCAUCGAGUUUGUAUAUUCUUUUUAGAAAAAUAUAUUUCUAAGAACGAAAAUGCCAUAUAUAAAAGAACCAUUUUGUUUAACUUUUUUAGUAGAAAAUUAUGCCAAUUUAAUUCUAAAACUUUUAGCAAAUUGUUCAUCAAAAGCUUUAAAUUUUAAAGGACUUUUGGAAGCAGAUCUGAUUCUGUAGCAGAUACUAACUAUCUAUUGCAAAAAACACUAUCCUUCUCAAAUAAUUAAUAUGGCAAAAUUUUCUACGAGUAUUGGAUAAGUAGAAGUUUAAUUUUCAUUCAUAAAAAAUCAUCGUACUUUAGUCGGAUAUUAUUUAAGUAAUUCAAUAAAUGUUGUCAUAUCAAGUGCCUUGAUAAAAUGUAUUUAUAUCUUCAUAUGUGCCUGAGAAAAAUGCUUGUUAUUUAUGAUGUGUUUUAAUAAAAUUUGUCGUUAUUCUA